AUGUAAAACAAAUAAAAAGAAAAGAAACAAGUUGAAAUGAAAAUUUUGAUUAAAAAAAAAUACUUGCUAUAAAUAUUUGUUAUUCUUUUAUAAUUUGUGAUUCAUUUGUCUUUUUCACAAAUAAUAACAUAAAAUGAAUCAAUAAACUUAUAAUAAAAUGAGUAAUAUCUUUAAGAUGUAUCUGAUUUUUAUGAAUUUAUAGCUAAAAAUAUAACUUUUCCAUCUGGUUAUCCUUCAAAUCAGAUUAAUUAACCAUACACAAGUUUGUCCGAUACGAAAAAUAAUUAAGUGACAAGUACUACAUUGGCAAGUUACAAUUACGCAAAUGCGAUUUACUCAAUAGCUUUGGGUUAUCAGCUCAAGAGCAACAGCAAUAACUUGGAUGUGAUUCUCACAUACUAUAGGACAUAUAUCAAUCCAAAGAAUGGAGUGAUUAAAAGGGAAGAACUAAACAAUAGAAAGAUAGAAAGCAUAGAUCCGCAAAAUACUCCUAAUUAUUAAUACGCAAGUAUGUUUAACAGUACUGCUGGUUUUGUGUCUUAUUAUAAAAUAAAUGCUACCUGUUUUUAAAAGUCUGUUUAUUUCUUCAAUUAUCUAGAUAAGAUUGGCAUUAAUUUAGUGGAGAUUACUGAUAUAGAUCUUUUUAAUCAUGCUUCAAUUUUAGGAUCAAAAGGAACUAUUUAUCUCAUUCAAUACAGAUUCUAAUAAUUCUAACUGUAUACAUACAAAAACUAAGAAUCUACUUUAGUCGAUUUGACAAAAUCAUACAAAGACGUAUUGAUAUCCAAGUAUGUUUCAGAUCAAGGAAAAUACUACUUUGGCAUUAGUUUAUUAAAUUCUACAGUAUAUUGUGCUUCAAUUAACUUCACCAACUAAAAACUGAUAAUGAAUAAGUACUAGUUGCCCCAAUUUUUGAGUGAAGAUAGCGAAGUCUAUGUACAAAGAUUAAACGAUUAUUUCUACAUAAUUAUUUCUGAUAUCCAUUAAAUAACUAUCUUAAAGUUUUAGUCUUUUGGUCUAUUAGAUUUUGGUACUAUGAAAUUAAUAGAAAAUAAGCAAUUUCCUUUUGGUUUUGGUGCUAGAUCUUUUCCCACAUUUAUUUCACAAAGCAAUUUUAUUUUCAUAAAAGACAAGCAAAUCCAAUUAGUGGAUGUAAAGAAAUCAAGAGUGAUUUACUCACAAUCUUUUGAUGCAGGAUUGGAUUUUUAUUAAUUAGAUUAUUACUAGAAUCAAUUUAUUUUGUACUUUCUUAAUAAUGACGGUCAAGGCAAGAUUACGUAUUUGAGCAAAUAAAUUUAAAUUAAAGCCCCGUCUUUAAUAAUCUAAGGCAAAUAAUAAUAAUUUUCCCUAUUAAUUUCCUCAAGUAAUUUCCCCUUUUCUUUUAAUGUCAUUGUUACUGUGAAUAUUCCCUCUCAAGAGUAAGUUACAUUCCAAUAAGAAGAAAUCCUUAUCACAUAAAUGAUGGACACUCUCCUCAAGCCAACAUAGUAUUUCGAAGUUGAACCAUAUGUUGAAGGUCCUGAUCUUUCUUUACAGGUAACUUUACCACAAUCCUCAAAACAGCUGAUAAAAAGCGCUUAAUUUGUAAAAGUACAUUCUCUUAAAUCUUUUCAGUAAUUUAAAAUUGAUGAAACAUUUGUCCCACAUUAAACAGAUUACUACUUUUCUUCACUAGCAUAAAGACAAAAAAUUUUGACAAAUAAUAAAUAAAAUUAAUAAGAAAAAACUAAGAAUUUUAAGAGCUUAAUUCAUCAAAAAAUAGAAGAUGAAAAUAGCUUAAAUUAUACAAAUUAAAAUAUUUUAAAAGACAAGAAUUAAAUUUUUUAUGAAAUCAUUGCUUUACUGCCCGUAUAAAACAUCGAUGGAAGUGGAAGCAUUCAGGUACUAGCAAGUGAAGAGUAAUUUGACUAAGUAAUUGACCAGAUUGAUAAUUCUGGGUCAUUUACUCUUUAGUAAGAUCAAUCACUACCAAAUCAGAGAAUUUAUGUUCCUAUUAUCAACAAAUAAUAACUCAUUUUAAAUCAUUAUGAUUUUUCAUGCAAUUAAAAAUUUAUGUUUGCUUCUGAUAUUACUGCUAAUGCUCUUUUUGUUUCAUGUGGAUCCUUGCUUUAAAUGGUUUCUUUCAUACCUUCAAGUGAUUCAAAGAUUCCUCUGGUCGUUACCUAGUUAUACAAUAUCACAAUAGACCCAACUCCAUUUAAUAAAUUACUCACCAACAGAGGUUUGCUUUUCAUCUAUAACGAUACAUGUAUAACUGCAUUCGAUUACAUUAACAUUAGCUACUUCCCAUUUGCUAUUCAAAUACCUAAAAUAUCACCUAAUUAAUAAGUUGUGUUCUUUAAGCACAGUUUUAUCCUUAUUUCUCCUACUAAUUCCUAAGCAUCUAAGUCAGCUAUCAACGAUGGGACCAGUAUAUAAGCUGCUUAAUAUUCUUAUAAUAAUUUCUAGCAAAGCUAACCCACACUGUAAAGAUAUCUCCAAAUUGACUAAUAGCAUUUAGUUAAUAGUUCUUAUAAAGCUAUAGCUAUUAGAAAUGACAUAGAAUACUUAUUGCUCUCAUAAGCUUAACAACCUGAUUAUUACAGCAUCUACAGAAUAUCUAUGAACGCAUAUUCACAAAAUCAACUAUAUUCAACAAUUUAGAUACCUAUAAACUCAAUUCCAAUAAUCAACUCUGAUAUGAUUUGCAUAAUCCAAAAUAGUUCAGGUAGUGAUAAUCUUUAAAGCAACGUAAACUGCUUCUAAAUAAUGGAAAAAGCCUCAAUUGUUUAUGACUUGCUAAUUGAUGAAACUCAGUUCUAUAACAACCUUUCCUUCUCUACCUAGAUUCUUCUUUCUAGUGGGAGCCAAACUUCUCAAACAUAUAAUCUAGUCUUGUAAAGAAAUGCAGAGUUGAAAAAUAUGGUUGUGGAUCAAAAAUCUCUAGAGCUUAAAUCAUUAAAAGAUUAAUUUUAUAAUGGUUAAUGGGAUCAAUCAACAACAUUUUCUUUCAACGACCAAAAAAUAUUAAACACUUGCGUUCUAGGAUGGUACAGCAGCUUUAGCCAGUGUAAUGUAAAAAAUAGAAUUACUUAUUCUUAAUCAACACAAUAGCAAUUAUUUAAUUUAAAUUCCAAAAACAAAUCAAAAGUCAUUACAAAUAUCAAGAAUGAAAAAAAUUAAAUUAACUAAAAUGAACAUAUAUAAAACAAUACAAAAAAUUUAAAAGAGUUUAAUAGAAUUAUAUAAGAAAAUAACUUAGAAUAAAAUUAAUAAUAAUUAGCAAAUAACGAACAAUAAAAUAUUUAAAUUAAGUACUUUAACACCAACAAUUAAUAACAUGAAAGUUUGAUUAAACAAUAAAAAUAUCAAAAUUAAGAAAUAAAUUAUCAAUAAAAUUUGGAAUCUUUAAACUCUUAACUAAAUAACAAAAAUAAAUAAAUUGAAAAUGAAUCAGAAGAAUCCUCAGAUAAUGCGAAUAAGUUACUCUUCUUUAGCAUUUUAUUUGAUUAAGUCAUAAUUGUUUCCUAAAGCUCAACAAAUAUAAUGAAUUUGCUAUCAAUAAAUUAAGAUUAUUAUGGAUGUUCCUUCAUGGAUGAUAACGCAAGCAUCACAAAUAGGAAACAAGGAGUAUUUUAAGUUGAUCUCUAUGUCUUGUGUUCUCAAUAUUUGGAUAUAUACAACUUGAAAAUUUCGAGGGAUAGCAAGAAUUAAUACACAAGUGUAAAUGUUAACAGUAAGGUAACUUACUCUACUUAAUAUAUCUAUGACCCAUCACCAUAUUGGAAGAUUCUUUCGAUCAAUUAAAGUAUAAUUUUGACUAAAUUUAAUGAAAGUAAGUAUUUUUUAAUAAUUUCUGACAACUAAUUCUACAUUGACCAGAAUUAAAUACCCUACUCAACUAUUAUAGGAGUAAACGCAGUUUCUACUCUUUCUUCUUUUAUGUUGUUGACUUUCUUUGAAAAUUAAAUUCUUUAUGUCUAAGUAGUCUUAAGUCAAGGAGUUCUGAAUUAAUACAUAGAUAUAUCAGAUUUACUUGAAGAAAAUUACUUUUCAAUAGCAAGUAGCGACACUAUUAACUCUAUAGAUCAAUACUCUGACACUAAAUUCAGAAUAGGGUUCUCUAAUUCUUAUAUUUAUGAUGUCGAAGUUUAAUUAAAUGAUGAUGGAACCACUUCUCUAACUAACAUAUCUUUGUAUUAUUACAGAGAUGCAUUUUCAAAGCACAUCUCUGGGUUUAAAGGAUCUAAGUAUCAUCUCUUUUAUGGAGUCAAAGAUAAUUAAUAUAUGUUAACUUUAUACUCUAAUGCAAAUUCAAAGUAGAAUUAAUUCUUAAUUGAAUCAAAACUAGACUUACCUUUCAUUACAGACAUAUAAGGAAUCAGAUAUGCUUAAGAAAUUAGUCCUAGUUCUAUUUUAAUUUCUUUCUCUAAUUAAUAAGUCAUCACCUUCGACAUUUCUGAAAAUGUAAAGUUUAAUGUUUCUUCCUCUUAAUCACAAAUUCCAUCCACAGGAAUAUAACUAGAUCCAAUAAAUUAACUGGAUGACUUAAAUAAUAUAACACUUUUCCUCAAAAAGUAGCCUCCCAAACCACCUCCAACUUCUUCUUCGAAUAAGCUCAUUUUCUCUUUUACUUAUAUCAUAAUUAUUACUACUAUUUCUUUACUUACAUUAUGA